CGGGCCCGCCGGGAGGAGACUGGGCGGCGAGAAAGAAAAUCCAGUCUCCCUUUCCUGGAUGCCACUGCAGCAGCUGGCAGCUGGGAAGGCACCCACAGAGCGGGUGCGCCAAGCUGGGACGCCGGAGUCGCAGAGAGAGAGACCCCGGGCGCUGGCUGGGCACCGCUGGCAGAGUUUGCAAGUGACUGAGACCCUCAGGUGGCAGCCCUGAGCCCUAAUGUUUCACCAGAUGAAAGCGUGCCCGCUUCUGUUUCCACCAGGGGGACAGGCCGAGCUUGGUCCCCAACCGGGGAAGAGGCCCGUGGGGAAUUAAUUCAGCUCCCAUAGGCCUGAGCAUCCGAGAAGGGGCAAGCGAACUCCAGCUGCCUGUGAACCCUCACAAAAUCCUCCUCCGAUUGCUAUUUUCCAAGUUCUUUGGGAAUUCUGAGGCAAAGAACAAGAUGUAGGAAAAUGGGACCAACUCCUGAGUGCCCCGAGCCUCCGAACCCCUUUCAUGGCCCAAAGAAGCUCACCUUGACCUCGGGAGGAUUGGUGAACCCUGUCCUGUCUUCUCUUGGCAUCAGCCAAGCAUUGGACCUGCCCUCCUGCCCCGGACUGGGCAGUCACCUUCACAGCGGGAUUAAGACUGAAGACCCCCAAGGGCUCCAUCCCUAAGAGAAGCUUGAGAAAUAAAGCCCCCACCCAUUCUCUCCCUGGACCACAGCCCCAACCCCCAGCUGAGCCCCAGCGAUCCAGUCCGGAAUGAUCCCACUAUGGCCAAGCUCUGGUUCAAAUUCCAGCGGUACUUCCGCAGGAAACCCGUACGCUUCUUUACCUUCCUGGUGCUCUACCUGACGGCUGGGAGCCUUGUCUUCCUUCACUCUGGUUUUGUGGGCCAGCCUGCCGUCUCCCAGAACCAGGCCAACCCCGCUGCGGGGGCCCCAGCGGAGGGCGCUGAGCUGACCUUCCUGGGUGACUUAAACCUGGGCAGAGGCUUCCGGGACACAGGUGAAGUCUCAAGCAUCGCCCGCAGGUACGGACCCUGGCUCAAGGGCAAGGACGGGAAUGAGAGAGCCAAGCUGGGGGACUACGGGGGAGCCUGGAGCCGGGCCCUCAAGGGGAGGGUCGUCCGGGAGAAGGAGGAGGAGCGAGCUAAGUACAUCGGCUGCUACCUGGAUGACACCCAGAGCCGGGCCCUCCGAGGCGUGUCCUUUUUCGACUACAAAAAGAUGACCGUCUUCCGUUGCCAGGACAACUGUGCAGAACGGGGUUACCUGUACGCUGGGCUGGAGUUCGGCGCCGAGUGCUACUGCGGCCACAAGAUCCAGGCGGCAAACUCCUCGCCGCCAGCCGAAGCCCUCGUCUCAGACACCGAGAGCCUGACCUGGCCUGUCCUCCCUGAUUGGCUGAAAGCAGACGGAAGUGCAGUCUUCCGAGGCUGCUUCCGCAGGCCUGACAACCUCUCCCUGGCCUUGCCUGUGACGGCUGCCAUGCCCAACAUGUCCGUGGACAAGUGUGUGGACCUCUGCACAGAGAAGGAGUACCCGCUGGCAGCCCUUGCGGGCACCGCCUGCCACUGUGGCUUCCCCACCACACGGUUUCCCCUCCACGAGAGAGAGGACGAGCAGCUCUGUGCCCAGAAGUGCAGCGCGGAGGAGUUCGAGAGCUGCGGGACCCCCAGCUACUUCAUCGUGUACCAGACGCAGGUCCAAGACAACCGCUGCAUGGACAGACGGUUCCUCCCAGCCAAGUCCAAGCAGCUCAUUGCUCUGGCCAGCUUCCCGGGAGCCGGCAACACGUGGGCUCGCCACCUCAUCGAGCUGGCCACAGGCUUCUACACUGGCAGCUACUACUUCGAUGGUUCUCUGUACAACAAAGGGUUCAAAGGUGAGCGGGAUCACUGGCGCAGCGGGAGGACCAUCUGCAUCAAGACGCACGAGAGCGGCCAGAAGGAGAUCGAGGCCUUCGACGCGGCCAUCCUGCUCAUCCGCAACCCCUACAAGGCCCUCAUGGCGGAGUUCAACCGCAAGUACGGCGGGCACAUCGGCUUCGCUGCCCACGCCCACUGGAAGGGCAAAGAAUGGCCGGAGUUCGUGAGGAACUACGCCCCGUGGUGGGCCACGCACACGCUGGACUGGCUCCGGUUCGGCAAGAAGGUGCUGGUGGUGCACUUCGAGGACCUGAAGCGCGACCUCUUCGUCCAGCUGGGCCGCAUGGUGGGCCUGCUGGGUGUGGCCGCCAGGGAGGACCGGCUGCUGUGCGUGGAGAGCCAGAAGGACGGCAACUUCAAGCGCUCGGGGCUCCGCAAGCUGGAGUACGACCCCUACACGGCGGACAUGCAGAGGACCAUCUCUGCCUACAUCAAGACGGUGGACGCGGCGCUCCGAGGGAGGAACCUCACGGGCGUGCCCGACGACUACUACCCCAGAUGAUGGAUGAUCAGACCGGGGCAGGGGGCGGGCCGUCCAGACCGAGCAGGCCCCGGGCGCUCCGGGCCCCUGGGGAGCCCCACCCGCCAGUCCGCUCUCCCGUGUAGGGACCAUCCCCUUGGCCUAGCGUUGGCCUCCGAUGAGUUUCCUGCAUGACGAAGGAGGCUCAAGGGGAGAGAUGGUGCAGGCACCUCCCACCGACUCGCAGCCUCCCCGCCUUGGAGAUGAGGGGUGGCCGGUUUGGGGAGUUCCUGCCGCCUGGACCCUGCUCGGCCUCCCGUGUCCCUGCCCCCCGCACCUGUGGGAAGGAGGGCUCCUGGGCGUCCCGGAGAUCAGGGUUCCCCGCCGCGGCUGUGGAGGACCCUGGCGCAAGAGCUAAAGGGAACGGCGUAGAACAGAGUGGCCCCAGACUCGCCCCUGUGCUGGGCUGAGCGCUCAUAGCCGCCCCUUCCCUUCCCCACCCAGGAAGCUCCGCUGACAGUUUGUCCCGGCCGCCUCUGUCUGCAGGAAGAUUGCUGGGAGGUUUCUCCGUGGCCUUAGGUUUCUGACAUUCUGAUGGGUCAGAGAGGCCGUGGUGCUCAGAGUAGGUUAACUGGGGCCACCGGGUGGGGUCACUGGCAUCCUGACCCCCCACGUGGCGUGUCCACCUCGGGACCUGGGAUUCUGCCCUUUCCUCCCCCGCUGUAUCCAGGAGGUGACUCGCUUCCAGGGGUGACACCUCUCUCCACCGUGGGGUCCCACGCAUUGAUCUGACACUGCCCUUCCGACCCCUACCAGCGGGUCCUCCCCUAUCCAGGAGGGAGAACAAGUGUGCACCAAAUCAGGUGGACCCAUGACCAAAAGAGAUACCCACAACCUUCCUAGACCAGCGACCCCCGCUUUGGUCAUAGUCCGGGGGGGCCCUUUAAGGAAAGGGGUGAAUGGGAUGGUUCUUCAUGUGCGUACAGACACUGUUCUUUCGAUGCUGAGACGUCCAUCCAAAGGACUCGGUGGCUGAUUAUCUGUCUUAGAAAGCAUCAAGUUCCAGGAUUCCCGCUCUCCCCUCACCUUGGGUACCCGUGGUUUCGCAUCCGGCCCACACGUGCGCACCUGCGCCCCCCCCCCCCACCAUGUAGAUGGAAAAGCCAUAGGUCACAGCUCCUCCGCUGUUCUGUCUGGAACAGCCCCCCAAGCGGCCCCCUCUGAAGCCUUGGGGUGCAGGUAAAUGCUCAUUCCCAAACAGCCAAGAGACUAUGGAGAAGGCGAGUGUAAAGAGAUAUAUUUUUCUAAGAGGAAUAUGACUCAUACAUUCCAUCCCCUUGGAACCCAGCCACGCAAAGAGAAGGGCUGGGGGAUCGGACCUGUUGUCCUUGUCCCUGAGCCCCUCAUCUUUAGGAUUCGGGCCACCCCAGGGCCCAGCCAGGGGGCUCUGAAUGUAUUUUGUACCGUGUUUCUUUCCCCCAGGCAAAUUUCUAGUCUUCUUUCUCAAAGCAUCAGAGGGCUUGGCCUCCCCGCCCUCUAAGAGGUCAGCUCUCUCUCUGGGAGACUCUGGGUCCAAGACCUGGGCCAUUUCUUUGCCGGUGGUCUCUUCAGGCCACCAGCCUCUGUCUGAAGACUCCUCAGGUCAACACCAUCAUUAAAAGCAAGUUUUGUUGAUAAUUCUA